GAACUUUUUGAGCCUCUGACAUGGAGUCUCCCACCAAAGAGAUCGAGGAGUUUGAAAGCACGGCCCUGAAAUACCUUCAGCCGGAACAGAUUGAAAAGAUUUGGCUCAGGCUUCGGGGACUGCGCAAGUACAAGAAGACGUCCCAGAGAUUAAGAUGUCUGGUGAAGCAACUGGAGAGAGGAGAGGCGUCCCUCACUGACCUCAAGAAAAACCUUGAAUAUGCAGCGACGGUGCUGGAAUCCGUUUACAUCGAGGAGACAAGGCGUUUGGUGGACACGGAGGAUGAGCUCAGCGACAUCCAGUCGGAGUCGGUGCCCUCAGAGGUGCGGGACUGGCUGGCCUCCACCUUCACCCGCCAGAUGGGCCUGAUGCUGCGACGCAAUGAAGAGAAACCUCGUUUCCGCAGCAUCGUCCACGCCGUCCAGGCUGGCAUAUUUGUUGAGAGGAUGUACCGACGUACCUCCAAUAUGGUGGGACUCAGCUACCCCCCUUCUGUCAUAUCUGUGCUUAAGAAUGUUGACAAGUGGUCGUUUGACGUGUUCGCUCUCAAUGAGGCCAGCGGGGACCAUGCACUUAAAUUCAUAUUCUACGAGUUGCUCACAAGAUACGACCUAAUUAGCCGUUUCAAGAUCCCGAUCUCUGCGGUGGUGUCAUUCGUGGAGGCCCUAGAAGUGGGAUACAGCAAACACAAAAACCCCUACCACAACCUGAUGCACGCUGCUGAUGUCACACAGACCGUACACUACUUGCUCCUCAAGACUGGCAUGGUGCAUUGGCUGACUGAGCUGGAGAUCUUUGCCAUGAUCUUUGCGGCGGCGGUGCACGACUACGAGCACACAGGGACCACAAACAACUUCCACAUUCAGACAAGGUCGGACACAGCUAUCCUGUACAAUGACCGCUCAGUGCUGGAGAGUCACCAUGUCAGCGCGGCCUACCGCCUACUGCAGGACGACGAUGAGAUGAACAUCCUCUACAACCUCUCCAAGGAUGACUGGCGGGAGCUGCGGGCUCUGGUGGUGGAGAUGGUGCUGGCCACAGAUAUGUCCUGCCACUUCCAGCAGGUGAAGACCAUGAAGAACUUCCUACAACAACCCGAGGGCAUUGACAAGCCCAAAGCCCUGUCCCUGCUGCUGCACACAGCAGACAUCAGCCACCCGGCAAAAAGUUGGGACCUCCACCACCGCUGGACCACCUCCUUACUGGAGGAGUUCUUCAGACAGGGGGACAAAGAAGCAGAGCUCGGCCUGCCGUUCUCUCCACUCUGCGACCGAAAGUCCACAAUGGUGGCACAGUCCCAGAUCGGGUUUAUAGACUUCAUUGUGGUGCCCACCUUCACUGUGCUGACGGACAUGAUGGAGCGCAUCGUCACGCCGCUUAUCGACGAGGCUUCCCAUUCAGGUUUUGCCGGCUUUAGGCGCUCAAGUCUGAACAGUAUUACCUCAGAGGAGGCCAAGAGGCACAGUGUGAAGAGCAUGGGCUCUGACAGCAGCUCGUCAGGACAAAGCUCUCUGCUGACGGUGGACAUAAAGAACUUCAAGGCCCUGUGGAAUGAAGAGGUUUACCAGAACAGAGAGAGGUGGAAAGCGCAGGCCGGGAAAGAGGCGGAAGAGAGAGCUAAAAGGGAGGCGGAGGAGAAAGCCCAGCAGGAAGAGGCUAUGGAGCCCCAAGAGGUCCACACAGAAUCAGAACAGCCUGAACCAAAGGAGGACAAAUUGGAGGGGGAGGCCCCCGAGUCAGCAGAGACCAGCAGACCACCAGACGGUGACACAGGGGAGACAGAGGAGGGAGCACAGCUUGGCUGCUCCACACAUAAGAAUCCUCUGCUGCAGAACGGAGAGUUGUCUGAAGGGGCUGAAUCUCCGGAGGGCGAAGAAAACAAGAAUAAAGGAGUGGAUGAGGAAGCCAUGGAAUAAACCAGCUGUCUUUCAUCUUUGCUGCACUGCUGUCGACCUGAACCUGCAUUUACCCAAAAUGGGAGAACUCAGACUCACGCCAGAGGGAGGGCCAUUAGCUGGACUGUGCUGCCCUCUACAGGACACCAAGAAACUGACAGCUUCACUUCCUUUUCUGUCUCCAUGAUCUUUUACUUUUCACCAUGCUUGUACUCCCUCGCUCUUGUAUGCAGAGCU